AUGGUUCUCAGAAGUUCAAACUCGCCAUUAACCUCGGAGUUCGAUGCCUUGGUACAGCAGCAGAUGGACAAAUGGAAAGUCCCGGGACUAUCCAUGGCAGUGGUUCAUGGUUCCAGCACCUGGUCAAAAGCGUAUGGAUUCGCCGAGUUUCCUGAUCGCAAGAUGACCACCGAUUCUCUUUUCUCUACUUGUAGCACCACCAAAGCAUUCACCGCAGCGGCCAUGUCUCUGGCCAUCGACGAUAGCAAGAAUACCGAGUCCCCCCUUCGCUGGGACACCCCAAUUGCGUCCAUACUGAGAGAUGAUUUUGUGCUGGAGAACGACUACAACACAAUGCAUACUACCAUAGAAGAUGCUCUAUCGCACCGCUCAGGGCUAUCAACUCACGACGCUUGUUUAAAUUUAGUGCAUCCCCAGAGAUCCCUACGUGAAGCAGUUCGAAAUUUGCGACAUCUUCCUAUAGCCUAUGCUCCCCGCACUACCUUCUCCUACAACAACAACAUGUAUAUGACGGUAUCUCAUGCAUUGGAACAAAUCGAAGGCAGACCUCUCGGCGAGACUCUCAAGAAACGCAUUUGGGAUCCAUUGGGGAUGAAUGACACGUAUUUCUCCGUGACAGAUGUCAAGGGGGACCCGUCGCUUCGUCCUCGACUCGUGCAGGGCUACACCUGGGACCCAGACACCAACGCCUACAUCGCAGAACCCUACAUGAACGAUGUCGCUAUAACUGGAGCCGGCGCCAUGGUGAGCAGCGUACUCGAGUACACCAAGUGGCUACGCGCGAUGAUCUACCAAAAGGGUCCCAUCUCUCCACAGGGCCAUGCAGAACUCUUGAAGCCACGCACGGUGAUCACGAAUUGGGAUGAGCUCGUCGGACCUCCUCCUGCCCCAUGUCAUCUCUAUGCCCUGGGAUGGUUUGCGGAUAGUUACCGCGGCGAACCUUUUUACUGGCACAGCGGGAGUUGGCCCGGAUUCGGCAUCAUGGUGGGCUUCCUACCGAGCAACGGCUUUGGCUUUGCUAUGAUGGGUAACACGAGCAAUGCCCGGAAUGCGCAGGUGGAGAUCUACAUGCACCUUCUGGAUCGGAUUUCCGGCGGAUCAGGGAUCCCGCGCUCAGUGGGCCAGGCAACAGAGUGGGAAAACAGGAAGGUCAAAACCAAGUCCGAGUGUAUGGAAGAAGCCAUCAAACGGCUUUAUCCGUCUCUGCCCGAUCCUGUUCUUUCCCAUUCUCUACAGUUAAACCAGUAUGCAGGAAGAUACGAGCAUCCUGCGUACAGUUCUAUCACUCUAUCCCUCAAAAAUGGGUGUUUGGUUGCAGAUCUACUGGACCGUGCUGUACCUUCCCUUAUGACUCUCGCUCAUGCAAGCGGGGAGUUCUUUGUGGCGCAUUACUACCAGCCCAAGGAAAUCGGAUCUCUCUCUGGUUACUACGCAACGGAAUUCAUAGUGGGUUCCAAUGGAAUUGCCACCGCAAUGGGCCUGGAUGUGGAGCCCGCUUUGAAUGGAGAGAAGAUGUGGUUCGAUCGAAAGGACUGA